AUGAACCUGUCAGUCAUGGGUCUCGAUAUGCCUGGCCAGUUGCCUUUCAUCCAGCAGCCAACGUCCGGUGUCGCCAAUCCGUCCGUGACCCAGCCCCAACCAGUUCAGCAGAUGCAGCAGUCGACCCAGGUCCCUGCUGCGAAGCGCCGUCGUACGGCCUCUGCUGUGGUGUCCAAUUGCUGUCGCACUUGCAGGCUGCGCAAGGUCAAAUGCGAUGGAAAUCCUGGAGACGGGGGCCCUUGCGCAAACUGCGCGCGACUCGAACUUGCCUGCCCAUUCAUGUCAGGCCCCUCCGUGCCCGGACCCCCAGAUAAGAUUGCGCGGGUGAAACCCUCGAGCAGUCACACGGAGGCCGGUACUAUUCGCAAGAGAGCCCAACGUGCGUGUAGCCAGUGCCACACCCAAAAGACCAAAUGCUCCGGCGACCUGCCCCGUUGCAAGCGUUGCGAGACUGCUGGCUUGAACUGCGAGUAUCUGCCGCCGAAGCGCAAAUUCGCAAAUGAGGGUACUUUUGAUCCACCCACAGCUGCGGCGUUAUGCGCGCUCACUACCUUCUUCGUCAAUCCGGAUUUCAACUCCUCUCAGGAGUUUGGCAUGAAGUGCUGCGAUGAGGUUGAGUUCUACAUAUUCCGCAACCUCCACAAGUUCUCGGAGCGGGUCCUCCUGCCAUACGCGCUCAUCUUGUGCUUCAACUUUUUGAACGGCUCAUUUGCCAAAGUUUGGCAAUGCUUUGGCCUCGCAACGCGAUUCAUGACUGGACUGCAGCUGAAUUGGGAGGUCUCUUCGCGUAACAAAACAUUCCAGCAGCAGGAGCUGGGACGGAGGCUUGCAUGGCAAUUCUUCGUAAUGGACCGGCUGUUGGCGGGUGGCUACGAGGAGUACAUAUCGUGUCGCGCGGAUAUCAUGAAGAUCCGCCUGCCUUGCGAGGAGAGCGCGUUCUGGGAAAACAAGCCGAUAUUGGCGGAGCGAUUGACAGACAAGAACGCCAAAGCGCAGGGCGUUGGGUUCCAUGGUCUGACUGUUCGGCUAACCGAUCUGAUCCAUCGGAUUCAAUGCUGGACGAAGCGACUGUCCUCCAAAACCACACUCGAGCCCUCCAAGGUCAUGGAGGAUAUCAACAAUUUCCAGAACGAGCUCACCCGUUUCCACCUCUGCAUACCCGAUGAUAUCAGGCUUAGCGAUCAAAGUAUUGCCAAGUACAUCGCGUCCCCAGAGAAAGUGGGCUACGUUUAUCUGCAUACGCACCUGUCGGUCGGCCACAUCGACCUGUACAGGUUUGCUUUGCCCGGUAUCAUCGACCCUAAGAAGAAUGAUAUUGUCCAGAGGCUACCCAAGGACUUUGUCGAAAGAUCGAAAAAGCAGGCUAUCGCUCACGCGCUGUGUAGCGGUCGCUUUUGCAUCGCUAUACAGAAGGAGGCGGAAAAACAUCCGUACACCGGCAAAGGACCGGUGGCAGGCGAUUGCACCAUUCCUCACAUGGCAACGCAAACUCUCCGCGUCUUAUUGCUUGCGAUACAGCAUCGCAUUUAUGACAACUUGACGCAGGAUACCACUGCACCCCUUUGGCGUUUCGAAGACCCAGACGAAAAGUACAUUCGCCGACUCAUCGAGGAUGGGCUGUUCAAGGUGUCCGAGCCAUGGAAGCAUAUCUUGAUGACUUGUUAUCAGGCACAUACUAACAAUAUGGCCAUGUUUGAGGAGUUCAACAAGACGCAGAAGUUCGCGGAUCAAAAGGGCACCGUUGGUUUUGUUGGCUCCAAGGCUCCAUCAGGCGACAGCCGGCUCCCCGGGCCGCACUACAUUCUUGAAAAUGCGUCGUUUGGCGUCGUGGAGCAGGAGAAGCGCACGCGCGCUGGUGAUGCCGCAACAGCAGACCGCUGGUUCAAGGGUCCACAGCAGGAGAAAGCUUCAUCGCCCGCCUUGAUGCCUACACCAGGCGACUUUGAUGCUACCUAUGGGCCGCCUGGUCUGCCCCUGUUGCUGGCAGUAGGCCGCGACGCAACGGCAGAGCACAGCACCGGUCAGCCCAUGCCCGAACACAACAUCUACGACAUGCCUCGGGAGACGACGAUGCCCACGCAGGAUAAGGCGUGGCUGGCCCCGGGCUACUCUGACUCAGUCAAUGAUCAGUACCUGGGUGCAAGCGGCGCGAGUGGUGCAGGCGGCCCUGGGUCUCUUCCCAUGAUGCAACAAAUGGAUGCCCCUGAGCUGGCCAUGGUGUUUCCCCCUCCGCAAGCCGGGCAGCAGCUUCCGAAUAAAUCACGCACAACCAAUGUGUCAGAGCAGUAUGUGCCGCCACAACAAGGUGUCUUCAUGAACGGAUAUCCUGCAGGGUAUGGGGACGGCGGCGCGUCAAGUGGCUACAUGCAGCAGCCGCCGAACUUUGGAUGA